AUGUCUAGGCGACUGAAGACUGUGUUACUCGACAGGCUCGAUUUCCCUCUCGAAAAUCCAAGACGCGGACGCUCCAGAAAGGAAAUGCCGAAACAAUGGACGCAUUCCUACUGGAAACGACGUCCGCAGGGUUUCGUCAACAUGUUCUCUUCUUUCUUCAGUCAAGUGAAGGAAGGUUUGGCGGCUGCCUCUGAACCAGCUCCACCAAAUCCACCUCCUCAGGCUCCUCCCAGCAAGCCGGCACAGUCCGAACAAGGAGAGAAUUCCGGAGGAGACUUUCUUGGUGGUUUGCUUAACGUUGCGAAGGAAGUGGGACAAGCAAUAAACGAGAAGAAUCAGCCACCACCGCCUCCGCCACCAGAACCGAAAGCAACAGACCUUAUUGGUGGCUUGCUCAACGUUGUUGGACAGGCAGUGAACGAAAAAAGUCAGCCACCGCCACCACCGCCUCCGCCACCAGAGCCAAAACCAACGGAUCUUCUUGGUGGCAUACUGAACGCUGUUGGACAAGCGAUAAACGAAAAGAACCAGCCGCCACCACCUCCACCUCCGCCACCAGAGCCAACCGGUGCAGAUCUUCUUGGUGGUUUACUCAACGUUGUAGGAAACGCAAUGAGUGAUAAGAAAGAGCCUGAGGUUAAACCACCUCCUCCCACUCCGGAGAAACAAGAGAGUGGUUCAAAAAUCACUCAGGAAGACAUUGCUAUGAUUACAAAAGGACUAGGAGCCCUCGUUACUAGCAUCAAAGAGAAAACAGCUACCAAAGAUGUUGAAGAAGAGCAAGUUGCUAAAGUUGAUUCACAAGGAGGGAAAGUGCAGAUAUCGUCGGUUGCAAGCACUAAUGACGUCCCAGCAAGCCAACAAGAACAAACCACGUCGGCAGGUGGAGACUUCUUCAGCGGACUCAUGGGAAUGGCCAAAGAGGUGGGGAAGGCAAUGAACGAGCCGAAAGGUAAUAACAACGGCUACCAAAACGGAAAAGGACUAGGAUGGCGAUCUGCACGUACGCCUGCAUCGGAAGCGGCCAUCGAAGAUCUGAUGAUGCAAGCCAAGAAGAUCAAGUACGACGUCAUCGGUCUGACCGAGACGAGACGACGUCACCCUCUCAACGCCGUAUAUGAGACUGGAGAAGAACUGUUCUUAGGAUCAUGCGACAGUAGAGGUGUUGGUGGAGUUGUCGUCCUCGUCAACACGAGAACGGCAAAGAACAUCGACUUUUUCGAACAACUUACGACCCGAAUCGGACGUAUGUGGAUGAGAAGAUGUGGCCCAAUACCAGCUUUGACUAUCUUCGUCGCUUACGCUCCAACAUCAAGCUACGAAGAAGAAGAAGUCGAAGCUUUCUAUAUGGACCUGGAGAAGUUCUACCGAGAAGACCAUGCCUUCUACAAGGUCAUAAUUGGCGAUUUCAACGCUAAGGUUGGCCCAAGAAGAACGCCGGAGGAACUUCACAUCGGGACCCACGGCCUACAAUGGAAUGACGAGAGAGAGAGGCUCUCCGAGUUCAUCAUGACGACUAAGACCAUCCAUGGGAACUCGCAAUUCCAGAAGCCCUCCUCUUUACGCUGGACGUGGGAGUCACCCGGUGGAGGGUACCGUAAUGAAAUAGACCACAUCAUCGUCAAUAAAAGGUUCUGCCUGACGGACGUCGGUGUUGUACCAAAGUUCUAUACGGGAUCGGACCAUCGCCUCCUCCGAGGAAGAUUUUCCUUCACAAGGAGAGCAGAGAAAGCCGCCAAGUUCAGAGAGAGAAAUCCCAGGACUACCAUCAACUGGGAUCUCUUCGCUACGCUAGCCGGCUUUUGGGAAGAUUCCGCAAUGGACAACAUCGACGAGGAAUAUGACCGGCUUAUUGAACACCUUCACGACUGCGCGAAGAAGGCUGAGAGUUUUAAAACCACCAAGAGGCGCCUGUCUCUUGAAACUCUUGAGCUGAUACGCCAGCGUGGAGCAGCACGAGCCGCAGGGAACCAAGAACUCACGUCCGAGCUCGCAAGGCUUUGCAGAGAGGCGAUAAAGGAAGACCUUAAAGAGAGAAGAGCAGAAGUGCUGGCUGAAGCUGCAGAGGCGGGGAAAAGCAUCCGCUAUGCCCGUCGAGACUUCGCCACUUCAAGAAGGGGGAUGGAGAAAAUCAUCUACGACUUCUACUCUGAUCUCUUUGACAGCCAUGUCCACUUGCCUCCUCACCAUCUGAGGGAAGAUGGGCAAGUCAUUCCAGAGGUUCUCCCGUUCGAAAUACGACAUGCUAUCAUGUCGGUAAGAAAUCGUACGGCACCCGAUCCCGACAGAAUAAGACCAGAACACCUGAAGAGCCUUCUGCCAGUACUAAUCAACACUCUGGUGAGGCUCUUUACACGUUAUCUGUCGGAAUGCAAGGUUCCUAAACAGUGGAAGACCAGCAAGACCGUGCUGUUGUAUAAAAAGGGAGAUCCACAUGACAUCGGCAACUAUCGUCCAAUCUGCCUACUGUCCGUCAUCUACAAGCUCUUCACAAGAGUAAUCCUUGAUAGGAUUGAAAAAGUCUUGGAUGAAGGACAGCCAUGCGAGCAAGCAGGGUUUCGAAAAGGAUUCAGCACGAUUGACCACAUUCACACUGUUUCGAAACUCAUCGAGGUAUCACGAGAGUACAAGAUGCCGCUCUGUCUCACCUUCAUCGACUUAAAGAAGGCCUUCGACUCAGUUGAGACGGAAGCGGUCGUGGAAGCCUUGGACAACCAAGGCGUCCCUACUCAGUACAUAAAGGUACUUCGAGAGUUGUACAGUAACUUUACGACAGGAAUUUCGCCAUUCUACAAGAACAUUAUCAUUAACGUGAAGAGACGGGGCCGGCAUGGUGACACAAUUUCACUUAAAAUAUUCAUUUCUACUGUCGAGAACGCAAUGCAAAAGUUGGAAUGGGACUACGUGGGAGUGAAGGUUGAUGGUCGGCAGCUACACCAUUUGCGCUUUGCUGAUGACAUCGUGCUGAUAACACGUAGCAUCAGCCAAGCGGAACGAAUGCUGACCGAAUUCGACGAAACAUGUGGACGCAUCGGUCUUCAGCUGAAUCUACAAAAGACGAUGUUCAUGCGGAACGGAUGGGUCUCGGAUGCCCCGUUCACGCUCAACGGAACGUACAUAUCCGAAUGCACCAGCUACGUUUAUCUGGGUCGGGAACUGAACAUGAUGAACGACCUCCGAGCUGGGCAGAAGGAGACGAGCGGCUUGGGGAGCGUACAAGAGCAUCGAGGAUGUAGUGAAGAAGACCAGGAACACCCGGCUCCGUGCGCACCUCUUCAACACCACCGUACUUCCUGCUUUGACCUAUGCUUCGGAAACCUGGGCAUUUCGCAAGCAGGAAGAAAACGCGCGCCCCCACCGCAGCAAACUUCGCAUCUCAGCCAAGAAGAUAUUGCUAAAAUCACACAAGGAUUGAGUGCGUUGGUCGGAAAAGCUUUCAAUAAGGGUGCCGCUGAAGGAGAAGUUGCACAAGUGGACUCGCAGGGAGGAAAAACAUCAGCUCCGGCAGACAACGAUUUCUUGAGUGGUCUUCUAAAUAUGGCAAAAGAUGUGGGGAAGAAGCUGGGCGACCAGCCUGGAGCUCAACAGAGUGCUCAGGCAUCGAGCAACGCAGCCGGAAAUCAAGGAUCGAAAGUCACUCAAGAGGAUAUCGGCAAACUGGUGUUGGCGCUUGGACCUCUGGUAAACACAAUUAAAGAGAAAACUUUUGCAAAGAAAGAAGAAGCCGAGAAAGAAGUGGGAAAAGUCGACUCACAAGGAGGAAAAGUGCAGCUAUCAUCCGUUCAAGGACCAACGGAUACGACUAAGCCUGCUGCGGAACAACCUGCGCAAGCUCCAGCAGGUGGUGGCGAUUUUCUAAGCGGACUUAUGAGCGUGGCGAAGGAUGUGGGCAAGGCGAUGAACGAGCAACAGCAACCACAAGCUGCUAACGGCCAGCAACUCAGUCAAGAAGACGUCGCCAAAAUUACGGCAGGUCUAGGAUUUUUGGGCACCUUGAUCAAAGACAAGGCUGGCGACAUUUUCCAGAAGCCUGCUGCAGAGGAAAAAGAAAAAGAAAAGGAGAAACCAAAGGAGGAGCCUGUCAUCGAUGAAGUUGAAGGCGAAAUUGGGAAGGUUGUUCUUUCCGGAUACACAGCACAGACUAUUGCUACGAAAUCGAAGAACGAAUGA